ACCAGAAAGAAUCCACCCUGCACUUGGUCCUGCGCCUCAGAGGUGGUAUGCAGAUCUUUGUGAAAACCUUGACGGGCAAAACCAUUACCCUAGAAGUAGAGCCCAGUGACACCAUUGAGAAUGUCAAGGCCAAAAUCCAAGACAAAGAAGGCAUUCCUCCAGAUCAGCAGAGGCUGAUCUUUGCUGGAAAGCAGCUGGAAGAUGGGCGCACCCUGUCUGACUACAACAUUCAGAAAGAAUCCACCCUGCACUUGGUCCUGCGUUUAAGGGGCGGUAACUGAACUUGCUCCUACUAGCAUCUGAAUAAAAAUUUCACUGCACCUUGUUCCAAUAAAGCUGUUGCAUUCACA